GUAGGAUUUUCUUUAAUAAGGCAUCUCUCUAAGAGGUGAUUUAUUGUUGUAUUUUACGAAUGAAUGCAUGCAUCCUUUCUGUUUUCCCGCUGGAGGCCAAGGAAAAAAUGUAACAUUGUACCGACUCAUAUACUUUCCUAACAGCUGCACAUAACUUUUCUGCCAUCAACGGAAAACACGCUUUUUCCUUAUUUUGCAAUCAUUUUCCUUAUUUUUCCAUAGUCUAGUCUUCAUAGAUGCUAAAAUAUUUACGAGUCUACUGGAUCUAAGUCCGCCUCGUUUUUUUAAUUACGCAUCAGCAAGAACUACAGACACAAAAGUUACAAGUAUGCUAUUUGCAUAUCCCUGGGAUUGAUCUGUUUUCGAAAAUAAGUAGUUUGUUUUCGUUAUUGCUGCCUUUUGGAGCAAAUUUACGAAUGAGGAUCUUUCAAGAACUUAUUCCGAUCUUUCAGAAUGUAACACGUUUACCGUUCUGGUUGCCUCCAAACUUGUUUUCGAGGUGUUGAAUUCGCACAGAAGCGCAUCGUUGAAGUCGAUAGCAGCAGCAGCAGAUCAGGUAACAGUCAUAGGGGGCCACUAGCCAAUCAACGGCCAGUAUCACGAGCCUGAAUAGGUGACUAUGCUGGACUUUGAGUCCUGGCGCCAUACCGAUACACUGAUCAAUCGAAUUCAUGUCAGGUGUCCAAGGCCCAAGCAACCUUCACCUUAUCCGGCUUUCAACAUGGGUGGGUAUCAAAAGAAGCGAUCGCCGGAACAAGGGCUUUAUUCGCUAGACGUUUCGGAUUCUCACUUGAACGCAUCAUCAGAGAAAAUGACAGAAACGGGUGGUUAUCUUGGCGGCGGGGAAGUCGAACUCGUGUCUCGCUUUGGCAAAUUAACAGCAAGAGCGAUUUACCUGUCGUUUCGAUAUAACAGUUGCCUUAGUACCGGUGUCUAAAUAUAUGAGAUCACGCAUCAUACAAAUUACUUUAGUCGCCUUGAUACUAUGGUGCGCCGCCAAGACAGUAAACGAUCGGGUCGCCGCAGAAUACCAUCAAAAGUGAUACUUGUUAAUUCUAUACUUUCGGAUGGUAUCAGUGCGAAUUUUUACCUGUCAUGGAACACUAUGCUGUGUGAGAAACAUAACACGUCUGUCCUCAGGACCGGCUAUCAUAUCCUCAGUCGUUUUCUUUCGCCAACAAAAGUCAUUUUUCUGUUAGGUUAAUUAAUUAACAUAGGUUGCUUUAUCUGCAUAUGCCCCGCCUGAAAAGUCGCGGAGGAAUCUCGGAACAGAAACAACGAUAGAAGGGUGUUUUGGUAUGUUUGUACCGCCCGAAAUACCAGCAGUCCAAUUUUUACUUUAUGUAGGCAUUUAAAUGCCAGGGUAGAAUUGAAUCUCACCUUUUAAUGUGCACGAAACGUUAUACAGAAGAAGAAAUCAUAUUUCUUGGCGGCUUCCCACGUAUAGUAAACACAUCGUGUUCCACCCUUACGUCUGCUUUUAACUUGAUGAAAAAUAAUAUGUAACAGGCGUUUCCUGUCAUUUUGGCACAACUCGUUUUUUUUCGAUUUGUCUGGCGCGUUUCGGUAGAUUUGUUUUCCCCGUCAUUGCCAAUAGAAUUAGUACAUUCGCACAGCGCAUAUUUCACUGUCUCUUCUAGUGCGACUUUUAUGCGGGAGAGCCAUCGAUCGCAUUGCACCCUUCGAAAACUUUCGCAAAUUUUUGCCCCUACACAAAGUUCUGAAUUUUAUCCUCGUGUCACAAAAUGUGUAAUUUUUCUGGUGCCAUUUUUGAAGCUCUAUCGGUUCGCAGUUGAUAUAUUUAAUGCCUUUCGUGAAAUACCGUCUCUGAAUGACGCAGCCUCAGACCCUUCAUCGUCCAUCCCACCCUCAAUCAUCCCUAGGGAUACUUCGGUCAGUGUAAUCACGGACCUGAUGUAUCAGGUUGCUCAGGGCAUGGCCUACCUCGAGUCCUGCAAAUUCGUCCAUCGUGAUCUCGCCGCUCGAAAUGUCCUUCUGGUGACCCAACGCUUUGCCAAAAUCAGUGACUUCGGAAUGAGUAAGGCCUUGAACUUUGGCAACGAUUACUACCGCGUGAGUUUAACUCCCCAUUCUCUGCAAAAUAUUCUAUUUAUUUUUUAUCAUUUUCAUACUCAGGCCUUCAUAAAUAACUCGUGCAGGAGUCCAUCGUUAGAUGUAAUAGCAACUUAGAGAGCAAACAACACUUCUAGGGCGCGCGAGCCAAUCAUCGAUCGAUGACGCAAGACUGGAGGUGAAUGCGCACAGCUCUGUACUUCAGCGCCAGAUCGAUAAAUCGAUUGACCGAGUUCUCAUCAGGGGCCCAGGCUUCAAUCAAUUCCGGUGUGAGCGAAAAUUUUGGUGGAUGCGAAGUUAAACUCGUGACCCAUUUCGUAAGUGUGGGUGGCCAUUAUUGAUAAUUCGUCGCCUCGUCGCACAGCCAGCUUAUGUUCGUGUAUGCGUGAUCCCAGCGUGCGUCCCGUCUGAUCUGUGUAAUUACAAGGACAUUUUUGGCGCCGAAUGCGAUGUAGUACCCCAAACUGCGUCUUCGGCUUUAAACUGUUUUUAAUUUUCACGACCUUGCCGCGCAUGGUGGCUUUGGGCCAGUGUACGAUUCCAAAAACUAGUUCUCCAGCUAUCCUCUCAGUUACCUCUGAAACGUCCUUAGUGUAUGGCAGAGAAUACUAUAUCCUUGGUGGUUUUUCUGUUUGGGUCCUGUUGGCGCGACUGCAUAGGCAGCGACUUAUUAACGCCUUCUGCAUAAACUGUUAGCGGCGAUAACGGGCUUAAGGUGCUCUUCUGAUGAGUCUGGAUACGUUUAAAGAGCUUCUUCACUGGAUUCUCCCGCACGAGUUUGAAAACCCAGAACAAUAGACUGACUGUUCCGGUACACGACCACAUUUCUUCAUUUUAUUGUGUACUUCAAUGUGGGAAAAUUGUUUGACGCUGGCCGCCAAAGUCCGACAGUCACUAGUUCCAUCAGUAUUCCCUCGCCAUUUGCUCUGACUGAAGUUCCCGUAUCAACUGCUACCUCCUCCUCGUUAUUGGCUCAUCCAACUCUUCUGGUAGCGAUCACUCGUCUCUUAUGAUAGGCAAACUAUGCAUGUCUUGCACGAGAACCCGUCGGUGACCGGUCAACUUUCAUGCCACAGAAGGGGUGCAUUGCUAACAUCCCCGCUUUUCCGCCCACGCGCCAUCGUAAGCUAUCCACCAAUGUAAGACGUGUUUAGAAUCUCCUUCUUACCCCUAGCCGUCACCCGUUGAUUGCUGUGAGUGGAGUGCCCCAGCCGACUGUCCUGGUUGCCUAGGCAUUAACCAUCGAUACACCGGUUUUUUUAUCAUCAACGCAGUUCUUUAAGCGUCACAACAAACGCCUCCUAACCCAUGAUACCAACCACACUAACUGGAUUCCAAUGAGUUCGCGAUUUUGAAGUUGAACUCACGACGGCAUGUCCCAUAAACCGGCAACUCCGCCCAUAAUCUGUCUCCAUCGCGCCAGCUGAAUUCUUCAAAGCCCAAUGUCUACGGGACUUCCCCAUCCUGUGCGUUUUGCGCACAACACCUACUGAUUUUGUUUUAGUAGAUGUAAUAACUUGAAAUACCUAUUGACGUCCUUGUAUGUUGCCGCUCUACUUCCGUGUUAGGAUUUUGUGCUAGGCACGUAAACGCGGCCGCACUGGGAAAUAGGAAAACCCAGGCAGCUGCAGUUUAAAAAAGAUGCUUAUGGGGAUUUUAUGUGUGGGAGUACCGGGAAACAUCGAAAAGUAUGCAAAAACUAAGAGAAAAAUUGGUAAAGGUAAAUUUGCCAGCCUGUUGUAAUGCAGGCUAAAAUCUGAGCACAAAUGGCGCGAAAAUCGAAAAUCCGCCAUAAGCAAACGAUAAAAAUCACAUCCAGAAGGAGUAAUGGCGAUUGGUCCGUCAAGGUCAUCGAAACUGAACCGCCCGAGUAGGCGACCAAUCAGAUGGAAGCCGUGGAUGGGAGUGGUAAGAAGUGGGUGCAAAAGUGGCAGAAAACCAUAUCUCCAAGAACGUGAUCGAAGACCAGUUGAAAAUCUCGUGAACCGUAAACCGAGCACUAAACCUAGCGUAAAAAGUGAGCCUUACUCCUAAUGGUAAGGCGGGAUAUAAGGAGCUGUCGCUGGUCGUAAUCGUAAGCAAUCAAGUUAACAUUAAACCGAGCGUUAACAACUAAUCCUAACCCUCACCCCCAACUUUAAACCUAUGUGCGCUAACUGUAGCACGCCUACUGAAAUUAGUGCCAGUAGCAAAGUGAUAAACUGACCGCCAAAGGAGGCCGCGUUUCCGAGCAUUGCUAGAUUUUGGAUAUGUGGCGGUCAAUUGGAAGUCUUUUUUUUCUAAUGUCAUUGCUCACAGUCCAAUUAUUUAGCAAACGAUAUCAAUUUGUAGGCCGCCAGCGCUGGCAAAUGGCCCCUCAAGUGGUACGCUCCUGAAUGCAUCUACUACUUCCGCUUCGACUCAAAAUCCGACGUGUGGAGCUAUGGCAUUACCCUCUGGGAGGUCUUCUCAUUUGGAGAGCGCCCUUACAAGGUUAGAUACUGUAGUUUCUGUGUUUUUUUUCUAAUUACGGGAUUUUUUACAACCAGUCUAACUUAACUCCUUUGAAAUCAAUUACAACCGUUUUCAUCAAUUAAAAGUGUCCUACAUGCGUGACACCAUCGGCCUUUCUCUUCCCAAUCCAUCAUGGCGAUCAGGUAAGGCACAAUGAUUUGCACCCACGCGUGCCACAACGGGACUAGCUACCUCCUUACCGGAUCUGAUAUUCUGACCCGAAUUCGAAAACAGUUUUCUAUUUCCUUCAUCUUGACUCUUCAAAGAAUCAGGUAGUGACAGUGAUUGUUUGAUCCGCAACUACAGACUUCCGACAGUUUGCUUACCAAAAGAGGAUUCUCAUCCUCUUACUGGACUCUCAGAAGUUGUGUAGUGCCAAUGUAUCCGACGCGACCUCUCCAUCGCCACUAAGAUUCACAUGUACCGUGCGUCUGUUUUUCUUUAGGGUUUUGAAUGCUGGGCUGUACGCGUGCAGAACAGGUGAAAACUAGAGGUAUUUGGCCGCACUGCGUGAGUGAAGUACACCCAUUUCGUCUCAAAUGAGACACUCCGCGAUCGCUGCGACGCCAUCGCAAGGAUAAGCCAGGCCAUCCAAGAAAGGCGACUGAGAUGGUUUGGGCACUUUUUUCGUCGUCCACCUCAGGAGCUCGGUGUCACUGCUCUUUGAUCCGAAACCGUUACCCUAUUGGAGGCGUCGAAGAGAGGGUCAACUCAAAACCUCGCUCAAUACAGUUUGUCAGGACACGGAGGUGGUUCUUGGACCUUCGGUAUUCGGUCUCCGUCGUUGGCGAAGGGAAUGGGUUGAGCUGUCCAAAUCUGCUGCCGCUAAUGGUCACGCGUAGAGAGGUACAGUUCGGGGCAUCAUCGAGGCAGGCUAGAUCAGGCAUGAUCGCAACCGUACCAAUAACAACAGUGAUUGUCUAGCACACAGACUCGUCGACUUCCACCUCUGAUGGGUUUACUGCUCAUCCCUUAUUGACCUUAAUAUGCUUCGUCUUAAACUUACGGAUUCCGUCAUUUUCUUAUCUUAGUGAAUUUGAUGACCCAUUUCUCAGUAGGCGGGCUAGAAGCCUCUGUACCGAUCAUUUGAAAAGCCCGCCUCAAUAGUAAGUACCAUCAUUUUACGUAAACGUUGAGCAGCGUAACCGCCUCCAGAAGUAGAAUUUAGGCAGAUAGUGGGCGACCUAGAUGAGAAUACGCACCAAAAGCUCUUUCCAUCCGAAUGAGAGCCGUCACACUGUUAACAAGCCUACGCGGUCCUUACAUUGGUCAACAAAGUGCUCAGUGUUUGUUCUAGUAACAUAGGAGCCUGAUGAUGUGCGUUACUGUUAAACGACAACCCAGUAGCCCAUAGAAGGUGCUCUCGUAUGGGUGAUGUCUAACUUUUUGUGCUUCGCUAAUUCGGUAGGACAGGGUGCCUCGUCGACAUCGACGCUCGGACGCCUCCGGAGGGUAUUUCCAGUAGCUCAGAUGGUUAGAGCAGUUGGCGUACGAAUCUUCACUAACCCCCGGGCCAUAGUAUUGUCCCCGUCCUUUGUCGGUAGCACAUCCUGAUGAUUUAUUAUUUCGCAUUAAGUGCCACUGACUCCAUUCCUAGCUUCAGCUUAUCGCAUUACUGCCAAAGUUCUUAUUCCCUUUUGUCGUCUUACAGUGGCAGAUGAAUGCUUUCAAGAAUGAGCUAGGCACGACAUUUCCAACAUAA